UUUCGCUUCGGAAAGCCGUUUCGCUGGUCCGAAUUCGGUGGCGCCACGUCCGCCGGUCACCGCCUUCUGUACCUCGGCUCCCGCGGCUUCCGCCUCGACACCUUCCAUUCGCGAAGCCGGCUGUGUCGUGAGAGGGGCGGCUCAGUCACAAGGGCGGCUGUGCGCAUCCUGGCGACCUGAGAGGCGAAGAUGUCGGACAUCGGGGACUGGUUCAGAAGCAUCCCGGCCAUCACGCGCUACUGGUUCGCCGCCAGCAUCGCGGUCCCUUUGGUCGGCAAACUCGGUCUCAUCAGCCCGGCUUACUUGUUCCUGUGGCCCGAAGCCUUCCUCUAUCGCUUCCAGAUUUGGAGGCCAAUCACUGCCACCUUUUAUUUCCCUGUGGGUCCAGGAACUGGAUUUCUUUAUUUGGUCAAUUUAUAUUUCUUAUAUCAGUAUUCUACACGACUUGAAGCAGGAGCUUUUGAUGGGAGGCCAGCAGACUAUUUAUUCAUGCUUCUCUUUAACUGGAUUUGCAUCGUGAUAACUGGUUUGGCAAUGGAUAUGCAGUUGCUGAUGAUUCCUCUGAUUAUGUCAGUACUUUAUGUCUGGGCCCAGCUGAACAGAGACAUGAUUGUGUCAUUUUGGUUUGGAACAAGAUUUAAGGCCUGUUAUUUACCUUGGGUUAUCCUUGGAUUCAACUAUAUCAUCGGAGGCUCGGUGAUCAAUGAGUUAAUUGGAAAUCUUGUUGGACAUCUUUAUUUCUUCCUAAUGUUCAGAUACCCAAUGGAUUUGGGAGGAAGAAAUUUUCUGUCUACACCUCAGUUUUUGUACCGCUGGCUGCCCAGCAGGAGAGGAGGGGUGUCAGGAUUCGGAGUGCCCCCUGCUAGCGUGAGACGUGCUGCCGACCAGAAUGGAGGAGGUGGGAGACACAACUGGGGCCAGGGCUUUCGACUUGGAGACCAGUGAGCGAGUCCCCUCGGGCCUGCCCACCAGCUGCUACACUCGGCGAUAUCUCCUGCCAGUGCUGGGUGUGCUUCACAGCCGAGUCCUCACCAGCGCUGUUGGACCAGACCCACACCGAAUGUAGUCUUUCAGUAUGAGACAGAAUUUUUUAAAUCUUGAAGGAAAAUACAAGUGUUCCUCAAGUCUCAUGAUUCUCAUUGAAGUCCUUACUACUAUGAAGAACAAAUAUCAACAGUGCAAAUUUCAAAACUGACUCUAUUUUGGUGUUUUCACUUCUUCCCUUUCCAUCUGAAAAACUGGUGUCAGCAGGCCCUGGUCUGCUGGCACCGAGCUGGGCAUCUAGGGUUGGGUUACCCAACCCCAGUGAAGGAUCUUAGCUCUUCCUUCACAAAUGCCUCCCUCCUGCUUUCCCAGCCCUCAAAGGCGGCUGCUCACGAAAUGAUUCUGCCUUUGACAAACUCAUAUUUAUUGGCUUUGCCAAAGCUUGGUCACAAGAACUUAUUCAUGCAAUUGUUUCCCCCUCAGUGGCAGGACUGUGAUAGGGGAGAAGACUGAGCAGUGGACGAAGAACUUUCUCAGCUUUUGGGGUUGUGUCAGCCCGACAGCAGUUACAGCCAUUUGUCUAUUCAGAUGUUUUUCUGGAAAGUCAGUGAGGGCCCAGAUUGGUAUUAAUGAGGAUUGUUGCUAGGCAGUGUUUUCCUGAGCCGAGUGAUCAGCACUGUAGUGGUGUUGCUUGUCCCCCUGUGUUUCCUGUAUAGGGCACGCUGGCCUUGGAUACUCAGUAGUUGAGUUGUGUUAUGUCAGGAGGUUCUGCCUACAUAGGCCACAGAGUGCCACUCCCUGCAGAGGCUCCUGCUUGGCAACCGUCUGACACUCAUUCUGCAUGUGUGCUUGUUGCAGGAGGGAGGGAGGGCCUCAGACCCUGUUUCAGUUGUCAUUUUUCUUCUGGCCUUGCCCUUUUUGGGUCAGGUGUUUCAGGUACUUGUGAGGAAAGUGCAGCUCUUCUGUAGGUAGAUCAUUUUUUAAAGCUAAUAUAAGCACAUCUGAGUGAAUGGCACAUAAUUUUGGAUUGUAAGGGCUUUAGAAUAAUUUGCAUUUAAAAGUUUUUAUUAUUUUGAGUCAUGAAUGUACAUGUGUUGUGAAUCAGACCAGCUUGGAUACCCCAGCAUACCAUUUCAUAGGUGGGCUUUCUCCAUUAGAGCUUGGCUCAUCACCAAAUAAAGUUUUUUUGAAGGCUA